UGUAAAAAAAGUGUCGUGAUGAGUGGUUGUUAUGUUAGAAAUGCAAAAUUAUAUUUUUGUAAUUAUUUUUCGCAUAAAGCAGCAAGUUGAAUGAGUUUGAAGAAUUCAUUUAAUUCAAAGAGCAAGUGAAUCAGUUUCAUUGUAUUACAAGAGGUGUUCUAUCUGAUUUAAAUUCUGUAUAAAAUGGCUCGCUUCCUGUCAAAAGACAAAUUGGAAGGUUUUGAAAAAUACAAGUAUAAUUCCAUUGACACAAGCAUAUUGAGUAAUUAUGUUAUGCAUCCAUUUUGGAAUUGGUGUGUACAGUUUUGCCCAGUGUGGGUAGCACCAAACCUGCUAACAUUCACUGGCUUUCUACUGACAGUCCUUAACUUCCUGUUGUUCUCCUACUAUGACUAUGGAUUCCAUGCGCUCACAAAGGAGAAUGUAACCAAUGAUCACAUACCGAGCUGGGUAUGGGCGGUAACUGCAGUCAAUUUAUUUGUGGCUUAUACACUUGACGGUAUAGAUGGCAAGCAAGCACGUCGGACGGGCACCAGCGGGCCCUUGGGUGAACUGUUUGACCAUGGCCUAGACUCAUACUCGACAGUUCUUAUACCCACAUGUUUGUUCAGCAUUUUUGGAAGGGAUGAGCUAAGUCCAUUACGGUUUUACUUUGUACUAUGGAAUAUAUUUAUCAACUUCUACCUCACUCAUUGGGAGAAAUACAACACGGGUGUCAUGUUCUUGCCAUGGGGAUACGACUUCACAAUGUUUGGCUCGUGCAUCCUGCUGCUAGUGACGUCGCUGAUCGGGCCGCACGCGUGGCACGCGGCGCUGCCGGGCGGCCUCACCCCGGGCGUGCUGUUCGAGUUCGUGCUCUACUUCUCCGCGAUGAUCACCAGCCAGACGGUCAUACUGUGGAACAUUUACAAGUCGUAUCGAGACCGCACGGGCAAAAUGCGGCCGUUCCUGGAGGCGGUGAGGCCGCUGAUACCGCUGCUGAUCUUCUUCGUGCUGAGCACCGCGUGGGCGCUGUACUCACCCUCCGACGUGCUCAGCAGAGCCCCGCGGCUGUUCUACGUCCUUACCGGGACCAUAUUCUCCAACAUCAAUUGUCGUCUUAUCGUAUCACAAAUGAGCGACACCCGUUGCGAGGUGUUCAACGGUCUGCUCGUGCCAUACGCGCUAGUGCUGGGCGUCGUGCUCUGGGUGCGCGUGUCGCCCAUGUCCGAGCUGCUGCUGCUGAUCGCGCUCACGGCGCUGGCCUCCGCCGCGCAUCUCUACUACGGCACCAAAGUGGUACAGGAAAUGUGUGAACAUUUUAAAAUAUCAUGUUUUCAUAUAAAGCCAAAGAUAAAAUAAAGUUAAUUAUUCAAAUACUUAUUAAUAUUAAUUUAUUAUAAGUUGUUAAAUGUUUGCAGUUCGAUUGAUGUUAUUAUGUGUUAUAUAUACUUCGUAUAGUUGUAUUUAGUUCUAAAUUUUAAGUGAUUUCACUAAGUUAUAAUUUAAUAAUGAUUUCCCUAUACACUAUACAGCACUUCAGCCAAGUGCCCAAGUGCAUGAAUUAGUACCUACCAAAAUUAACUUAAAAUUACCAUAAUAUAUUAUGGAUCAAAAUUUAGGUGAGUAUUCUUAUUGAAAUCUUGUUACAAAAUGUAACGAGUUUCGUAGUCAGAGUUUCGUUAAUACUUAUCUAUAAAUUAGUUAAAUAGUUAUAAGUUAGUUAAGUUGGUAAAAAUGUUUUUUGGAUAUUUUAUUUAAAAAAUAAUACUAAAAAACAAGUUAACUAAGGGCUAACUCCUGGAAAAAUGGACUUACUUUUUGGUGGCAUUUGUAAUGACUUUGUAUUCCUACCUAUUAUACGAUUAUGUAACCUUCUUACUAAUACAUAUAUCGAAUAACAUAAUUAGUUUAAUUAGUAAUGUAGUAUUUAGUGUUGGUGUUUGUGGUAAUUUACAUUGUAAAUUAAAAUUACUGUGCCAUUGUUACACGAAUCUCUACAAUUAAAUUGUAUAGUGAAGUAAUUUGAUCACUAGUCAGGUAGCUAAUAUUAUAUGCCUCUGUACCUUAAAGCCAAAAAUUCAAAAUCAUUCUAUUAAUAUAUCAGUCGUCAAAGGCGACAGAUGGUGAAGGGCAAAGAUGCCCAAUUAAAAUUAGGCAUUUGUCCAACCGCCGACGAUUAGCGAAAAACGAGUUGAGGUAGAAACUAGAAACGAGUUUGUGAGCAACUAGAAGCGAAUGUGUAGUUGAGCUGAUAUUAUACUUAGUUUUGUCGCUGGGCUACAAGAGCGGAGCCAGCGAGUGUAACGGGUGCCGGUCGCGCGAUAAACGGCCGAGAUAAACAUUAAUUAAUCUCUGCGCAAACUGCCCGAGUGUCUUGAUUGCCAAAAGGGCUCCGCUAAGUUUCUUUUCUUUCCCUUUUCUUUUCUUUCUCUUAUCGCUGCGCUAAACUAGUGAAGAGAGAGUUCUCGCUGACACAUGUGCACAGUCAGCGAUGAAUUAUUAAUAUAUUUAACUAUUUUGUUUGUUUCUUGAGUGGGAAAAUAUUCGGUAGCUAUUUACUUUCUCGUCGGCAGUGGGGCAAGUGCUUUAGGCUGACCGCACUUUUUAUCCGUACCGUACUCGCCGCACGCAACGAGUUACAUACAUAUUUGCGGUUUCCCAAUAUGCGGUGCGUUGUUACUUGUUACGCACGUUAGGCCGUUUUCGCACGAGCCACCACAUGGUGGGCCAUGUGGUGACAAUUUGCGGUCACAAUUCGUACGUUUUUGUACGACGCGACGUACGAUUUUGCUACCACACGGCAGUUGCGGCUUGUUGUUUUCACGCACGAUCAUCAUAUUGGCCCCAAAUUAACUGCCGGCAAUUUUUAUCCUGCUUUUUUUAAGGAGCCAGGAGGAGGUACAAACAAUAUUGGGUUCAUCCACUUCUAAGAAGUGAAAAAAUAGAGAGUGGUGUGUGGUGCGUUGCGCCGUCAUCAAGUUCAUACUUGUUUUGUACAGCCGCUAUAUCGUCACGCAAAAAAAUCGUAACAGCAUAGCGGUACCGACGACAUAGCCAAAAAGUCGUCUGGAAAACGUGCGUUGUGCUGUACGAUAUCGUUGAAUGAGUUAACGACUCAUAGUAAACGGCACUGCAUUUUGUCCUGCCAAACUCGUGCAAAAACGUCCUUACGCGUUACGUGCGAUGCGUACCGAGAUAAGUGCGUUCAACAACAAUCUAAUUUCUUUUGCCUCUUUUUAAUACUUUUCAUGAUAAGUAAUAAUUAUAAUAUUGUAUGUGUCCCAUUAAAUAUAAAGAUAGUUAAUCAUGUCAUCUUAGCUUAUAUAGUGCAUUGUUUUAAUUUUUUGUUGUUACUUUAGUAGGAAAUCGGUAGGUUAUUGUAGUAAAAAGUUAGAUUUUUUUUUUCAAAGGAUGAAAAUGAUAAAAAUGUCAAAAUAUUUACACGAAAACGUGAAAGAGUCGGCCAAUCAGAGAUGAUUGCGAUCGUCACACUGUCAUCUGUUAUGUUCCCGCUACGCGAGCCCUACGCGCGCCCUACGCGCUUACUGAAGAUAGCAUAUUUACUGAAGAUUUUGUAUGCGAGUUAUUUUCUUCGGCUCUUUCAAAGCAUCAUCAGUAUGAUUCGCAAUAUGCUCGGCAUUGAAUUGCAUAUGUUGA